GCCGGCGGUACAGUCGGCGGACCUUCAUACGGCUAUGUUGGUAUAGUGAUAAAACAUGUUUACUGGUAUAAAAUGGUGUAUGUUGUUGAUGGUGGUGAGAGCGGAGCCCUUACAGUGGCCGGAUGGGGCUGAAAGCGUGCGAGUGGACUCCAAGGUUCAAUUCACCGACCAGGAGAAAGCCAGCAUCAGAGCGUCCAGAUACUACCAAGGUGACCUAGAAGAUGUGCCGUUUCAACCACCACUAGACACGGAGGGGUUCUACAACAGACCACUAGGCGAUGGACGGUAUCCAGUGAAGGACAUCAGACAUGAUAGAAGAAACAGUGGAACUCAACUGACUCCCGAUGGUACCCUGGACUCCUUGCACUACUGCAAGUGCGUGACCACACCGAACUGCAAUUUCAAAAUGGACUCUAACGCGUGUGGACCUAACCAGUACCUGUGCUGCUAUAACAAAUCACCAUCAUACGACACAUCAGCGUUAUUCAACGAGGUGAAUGAUGACCGUCUACCAAAUUACUCGUCCCAGAACUUUGGACCAAUCUCAACUAAACCACAGCCACAGCAAAUCAACGGAUUUGGACCCAGCAGUCCACGACCAGUACUAGUUGGUCCCGGUGGCCCGACUGGUAUAAUUGGUCCUAAUUUUAAUGGAUUAGAUGCAACCCCAAAACCUGUGCUUGUUGGACCCGGAGGUCCAACAGGAAUAAUAGGACCGGUUAACGACAAACGAAAGAAGAAUGUCAUCGAUGAAUAUGAUCAAGGCCCAAACGAAUCAGCACAAAGAGGAGUCUUAGUUGGGCCUGGGGGUCCAACUGGAUUCAUUGGACCAGCGUACAAUAAUAGACCUAUACUAGUAGGUCCCGGCGGUCCUACAGGAGUUAUAGGACCGAGAAGAUACCCUACGUAUCGAAAUGGUAUAUUAGUUGGUCCAGGAGGACCGAGUGGAUCUAUAGGACCAAAUCGAGGGGUUCUAGUUGGACCAGGAGGACCUACUGGUAGGAUAGGACCAUGGAAUUAUGAUUAUUAAGUUAUGUAUUUUAGGUUUUUUAUUUGUAGAUGCUAAGAUAGAAUUAGAGCUUAUAGUUAUGAUAAUUUAUUCUUAUUUUGUCCUCACGUUUCUCUUAUAUAAUUAUAUUACUAUAUGUCUUGUUCUUAAAGUACUUGUAGAUAUAAAUAAUUAUGUAUAGUAAUUAAUUAAUUUUUUUUACAGUUAGCACAUGAAAGCUAUUUCUGAUGUGAUAUAGUUAGGAAUUAUAAUAAGCGUGUUAUUGUCCGUCGUACUUGCGCCUAAUUUAUGUCUAAGUUUUUUAAUAAAUUCGAAUAUUUUA